AUGUGUAACAUCUGCCAAAAGAUCAAAGCCAUCCAAUCAAUCGACUCUAUCCUCCUCAAACCUCUUAAAGUCAUCCUCACCAAACUACACGAGCGCAUCGAACCCGAACUAGGAGAUUCUUUCCUCCGCCGCGAAGCCCGUAUCCACUCCAUCAAUAAGAAUCUCCAACAUCUUCAAAUCGGUCCUUUGAAACCCAUCAUCAAGCUCAUCAUUUCCGAUCUCGAUUCGGAGCUCCGCAAACUCGCGGUCAGCAAGGUCGAUCAUCCUGCCUAUCGAACUGUCGGAAAAUACAAUGAUUUAACGACGAAGAUCGGACCGGAUGAUAGCUCCAGCAUUCGGAAAUGGUUGGAAAAUCGCGCUGAAGAAGUUAGAGAGACUAAAGAGUUGAAGAAGAUGGUUGCUCUUCAGGGAAAAUCAAAGAUUCGGCGCGAGUCAGGAGCUCAGAAUGAUGCAUUGGCAAAACCAAGUUAUAUGACGGGCCCGGAAUCAACAGAUUCGGAGUAUUUGUCAGGAACAGAUGAUAUGACUAAAAUCGAUUAUAUGGAGCUGGAUGAUCGACUUCCGGUUCCAGGUGCUGUCGAAUGGUCUACUCAUGUUGUGGAUCAGUGGUUUAAGAAGAAUGGUGAGAAUGCUUUGUUAAGCGAGGGGGUUGCGCAGGCUAAGGAUGCACCUAGAAAGCAGGGAAAGCAUAGGAAACAUAGGAAGCAUAGGAAGCAUUCGAAGAGAGAGUAG